UUAGGGUAACUGAGUCUGAGUCUUCACUGUGUACCCCUGUCAUGCCGGAUCCUUACGACUUCUCCCUGUACGACGACGCCGAGGUUGUAGCGGCACAAAUAUCAGAAGGCGAAGAGGAUUCUGCAGCCAGCGAAGAAGAAGACGAGGAUGAUGAGGAGUACGAGGACGAGGCCGAAGAGUACAUUCCGCUCGUACAGUCUCGUAGGGCGUUACAGGGCGUUCCUUCUACGUCCGAUCAACAUGAUACCAUAAUUCAGGAGGUUCCGGAUGAUCUUGUUGAAGAAGAAGGAAACAAACGGCGGAGGACUGAGGGAGGAGAAACGUGUUUGUCUCUGGGAAUUGUGAACGCCGAAAGUAGUCAAGGGAAUGAAUGGAAUUAUGCUGACACCGAUGGCUUGUAUUGCCCCAUUUGCCUGGAUGCUUGGACCAAUGACGGUGAACACCAUAUCUGCUCUCUUCCGUGCGGGCACAUAUAUGGUAUGUCUUGCAUCAAAAGGUGGCUUCAACAGAGAAAAAAUUCCGGGAAGUGUCCUCAAUGCAACAGGAAAUGUGCGUUAAGGGAUGUAAGGAAACUCUAUGCUUCACGUGUACUUGCUGCUGAUGAAGCGUUACAGAAGAAAAUUCGGUCGCUUGAGGCCAGAUGUGCUAUUCUCGAAUGCAAGGGCUCUGACUGGUGCAAGAAAGAAGCAUCAUGGCAGAAAAAAGAAGCUCAAUUGCAUCUUGAAGUUGAGAAACUUACGGAGAGAAAUACAUAUUUGGAGCAGCUAAUACAAGACAUGGAAAGGAGGCAAACUGGUGGUACCAUGGGGGCAAUUGGGAAUUGUCGAUGGAGAUCUGAAUCAAAAUAUGGCUUUGGGGCAAAGAUGUAUGGGAAAGGACGUUGUUGCAGUUUUGAAUUGCAGAAGGAGUUUCAGCUGGGCAGCGCUCUUGUGUUUGACAUAAAUGCUUCUAAUCAAAUAUUAUUAAUAGCACAAAGGCCAAAAGGGAUAGGUGGGCCUUACUUGCUAACUAAAAUGAGUUUGAUACCUCCAUAUGAGAUGGAAGAUAUCUUCCUGCCUCCUGCUUCGUGUGCGAUUAAGGAUCUCCAUAUUUCCCCUUUGAAUAGUGACCUGGCCCUUUAUGCUUCUUUGGGAAGGAAAUUAUCAGUACUCAGCAUGCAGAGCAACAAUGUGGCUGUCAAUUAUGAUCUACAGGUUCCUGCUUGGUCAUGUUCAUGGGAUCUCAGCAGUUCCCAUUAUGCAUACGCUGGACUACAGAAUGGUUCUGUCUUGGUAUUUGAUUUGCGCCAAACUUCUGGGCCCUUAAAAUCCCUAAAUGGGUUAACUAGCAAUCCCGUUCAUACUGUACAGUCUCUUGUACAAGAUCCCAGUCUUUCUUCCGGUUUUGGAGCAAUUCUAUCUGCUUCUGCCAUUGGGCUGUGUCAGUGGAACAUAGGUGCUGAAGAGGGGCCAUCUAUGAUUCCUGAAACUGGUAAUCAAGGGGUUUGUAUAUCUCUUGCCUAUUGCCCAAGCAGUGAUGAUAUUGUCAUAUCAUACCGUCCCAAAUUUGACAUGUCCAUUGAUGGGUCUCUCUCCCAGCCAUCUCUCACUCCUUCCCAAGUUAUAGGACAAGGAGUCCAGGGUUCUCAUGUUUUGUUGAAGAGGCUUGACGGAAGCCAUUUGCAACAGCUGGGUUCCUCAUGUGCCAAUGUAAGUAACAUUCGACUUCCAAAAUGUGUAAUAAUGGACGUAGAGAGUGAGAGCCGAUUGUUAGCAUCUGAAGAUGAAGUUGCAUGUGAAUUGGUCUUGCAAGAGUUGCCAUCUUUUGGGUUUGUUCAGCGAUUGAAAUUACCAGAGCAUGCGCGGGAUCUGAAGUAUUCACCUACUCUGAAUCAUGGAUUACUGGGUUGUUUAACUGGAAAGUCGUUGCAACUUUUCUGUACAAAACUCUCGUGAGAAAGGUUCCUUGUCAUCAAAGAAACGAAAGAAACGCUUCGAAAUUUAAUUCUUGCUACAUAUUUCCGCCGAUUCUUUGGUUCGUCAAGCCAUAUUUAUCCACUUUUGCCGGCAUUCCUCUUCCCCAUCACGUGUAAUAGCUUGUUCAUUCCUUUCGAUCUUGUGACACCCCCCACCGGGGCUAAAAAAAAACAAAACCCAAAAAAUGUCCCAUAGUAGGUCUUGGUGAGCCUGAGGAUGAAAUGUAAUUAAGUCGCCAGGUUGUGUAUAUACAUCUCUAUAAAUGGUUCACCGACUUUAUUCUUUUGUAAUAAAAAUUUCACCACUUUCCUAA